AUGGCUUCCGCCGAGGUUCCCAAGACCUGCAGGGUCAUCACCGCAGAAACCAUCGCCAAGAAUCUUCUGCAAGAGGUCAGAGAGACUCUGGCCACGAUCCAGGAGUCUGGCAGCGGGGAGCCCACGCUCGCUGCCUUCCUGGCCAAUGGCGACCCUCACGCUGUGAAGUAUGCGGAGUGGUCUAAGAAGACAUGCGAGGACAAUGGAUUCAAGUUUGACCUUCGAAACGUAGACAAGGAACUCCUCGAGGAGGAGAUCAUGAAGGCAAACGAAGAAGAAAGCGUAGACGGCAUCAUCGUCUACUAUCCCAUCUUCCCCAAGAACCCCACUCACGAUAAGUAUGUGCAGGAGACUGUGAGCCUCAGCAAGGACGUCGAGGGCAUGCGGUUCCAGCACUUGCACAACAUGUAUCACAACAUCCGAUUCUUGGAUCCCCCCGAGAACCGCAAGAAGUCCAUCCUGCCAUGCACCCCUCUGGCCUGCGUCAAGAUUCUUGAGUAUCUUCAGAUCUACAACCCCAUCCUGGCCGUUGGAAACCGUCUUUACGGCAAGACCAUCACCGUCAUCAACCGCUCCGAGGUCAACGGCCGCCCACUCGCCGCCCUCCUCGCCAACGACGGAGCAACCGUCUACUCAGUCGACGUCACGGGCGUUCAGCUCUUCACCAGAGGCCAGGGUAUCAAGCAGCCCCGUCACAAGGUCGAGGACAAGGAGGGCUGGGGCUUGGAGCAGGUCCUGCCUCUGAGCGACGUCAUCAUCUCUGGUGUGCCGGUCGAGUCGUACAAGGUGCCCACUGAGCUCAUUCGAGAGGGUGCCGUGUGCAUCAACUUCUCUUCGCACCGGAACUUCGAUGGGCCCGCCGUUAAGGAGAAGGCCUCCAUCUACGUGCCUUCCGUUGGCAAGGUCACCAUCGCUAUCCUGCUCAGGAACCUUGUGCGUUUGAUUGCCAACCGUCCUGCCAAGGAUGCCUCAGACAGCAAGAUUCAGGCCAAGCUCGAGGCCUUUGCUGAAGGUUAA